UCUAGCGUUACAGAUCUGUAAUGCUUGGGGGGAAAUCAGGAAACUGGUUUUACGUCACUUACAGCUGUUUAAAUACUUUGAAUUGUGCGUCCCGCCAAAAUUGAACGGUAACGGUCAUCAACAACGACACAGAAUAUUUUUAUGUCGCCUCAGAAUGAUUGCUGCUUGUUAAACACGUAAUUUCUGGUAAGCCUCUGUUUGUUUAAAUGAUUUAAUUAAUUGUAGUCUCGUGAAAUGUUUGUGUUCUCGCUAGUUUACGAGAAAACGAGCACAGCUUUGAUGACCUUGUGGCCGCGCGCGGGUUACUUGUUUACGACACCAACUGACGUUCGCUCAGAUAAAUUCUAGAGUACAUUUAAACAAAAUUCAUUGUCUAAAUUAUUGUUUUGGUUUCUUGUGGAUUAUUUAUAGUGAAAAUAAGUGUGUUGACAUUGAAAGCCUGGAAAUGAAGCCCAGUGUCUGGAAUAUAAAGGAGAUGUUGAGCAUCCCCUCAACUUCUGGAGGAAUGAAAGCUAGUAAGGGCCCGGGAACCAGUGACUACUCCAGCCUGUCUGACUCUCAGUUGUUGCUGGGAUCCCAAAUGUGGCCUGACAAUUCACAAGGGUUUUCUCUAGAGAUGAGUGGACAGAGCAAAGGUUCACAACAUACUUCACAGGAGAUGAAGGAAAUGACCGUGUCCAGCAGUUAUAGUUCUAAGCCUUUUUUGUUUGGCAGUGAUGGGAAAUUCCCAAGCUUCACCAGUGGCAAAUCUGUUGGCGUCUUGGACAGAUUUGAGGAAGAGAAGAGAAAAGCCAAAGAAAAAUAUGAAAGGGAAUUUCUUACUAAUGGAAUUCUAAAACUGCAGGAAUAUCUGGAAAAUACCAGAGAGACCUUAUUAAACCGCUUUGAUGGAAGUAAUGACAUUACCAGGAACAUUUUGGUAGAGAGAAUGGAUCAUUUUUCAAAAACAAUUGAAGGUUAUUUAAACAGUUUGAAAAUGGGUAUAACAUGUCAGUUUGAGACUCUGCAGAACCAAACACAAACAGAAUUAACAGACAGGGAAGCCAAGAGUGCUCUGGCUGCAAAAGAAUUAAGCUCAAAUAUGCUUAACCUCCAACGAGAUCUGGAAGCCCUGAAAGCAGAGCAAAGCAAAGAGCAGGGCAUGCUGGGAAAAAUUCUGUCUCAACUCUGCACUUUGAUUUCUAUACAUAAGCCGACAGCAGGACCUGGCUCUGCCAGAAUGAUUGACAGUGAGGUUCAGACAUCACCAAGACUGUUUGAAAGGUUCUGUGUAAUGUUGGCUGAAAAACAUGACGAGAAAAAGAUGAUAUUUAGCAGGCCUGUCAUUUAUUCAGGAAAAGCUGUAGAACAGAACCAAUGUCCUCUUACAACAGAAAAGACACAAAACAGAAAUGCACAUGCUCUGCCUGUACCAAGGCAGCAGACACUAGUCACUGAAGAGGUUUUCCUUGAUGCUUCACAGGAAUUUUGGUGCAAAAAGUUAGUUGAGAGCAGACCUUCUAUCCCACUUGUGGAUGAUCAGUCCACUGCAUCCACAGAGGACCACAGAAGAAAAUUUGUAGAUAGACCCCUGGAGUCUGAAAAACCAAUGUUUGUGAGAGAGAAUAAAUUGGGCACUAAUGCCAUGCCACGACUUAAAGAACCUAAGAGGCGCCAAAAAGCACUGAACUACCGGGGAAAAAGGAGAGCCUUGGUUCUUCCACAAAGACAAGCAGUGAGAAAAAAAGGAGCAACAAAGUUCUCAGAAGACAGCCAAAGUGAAGACCUUCCAUGUGAACAAAAAGACAGAGUACCACUCUCUUCUGUUGACAACUGGAAAUUUGCAAAAAAAAAUGUUGAAGAGGAUCAUCCAAGAUUACCGAAGCAAGCCCCAGUUGCACCAGUCAGUAGGUGUGUGGCUAAACAAUUAUUAAAUCCCUUAAACUUGUGGUCUGAGGACACAGACAGCUCCCAAAUGAUAGUGGAAUACAAGAUGGCUGAGUGGGAAAAUGUUGCACCUGAACCUAAAGCUUGUGUCACUGAAGGAGAAGGAGGCCUCUGGCAGCUCUUUGACUUUACCAAUGACUCAGAGUAAGAUGGAGAAUACUUAAUUUUCUAGGAAGAUAGAACUUCAGACUGCCUUUGAACAAGUGAAACUUAUUCUUUAACCACUUUUCUAUCCAUGGAUGUUACCUUCUGUUUCUGUGCUUUGGCAAUAUUUUUCUGUUUAUUUAGCACAUACUGAUAUAAUAUAAACCUAUGUCAUAUUUUUUCACAAAUCCUAUUCCAGAAAUGUGUAGCUUAACAAAUGUCAGUAUAACUUUAAUAAGUACAAAAUAGUUUUAAAAUAUAUUCAACUUGGUUUGCAGUUAUGACAUAUUUAUCUAAUUUAAGUUUGAAACUUUAACAUGUUUAAUAAAUUGCAGUACAUAUA